AUGUCGAUGUUUAUGGGACCUUAUCGCAAUUCACCUCGUGAUGUCAUCAUCGUCUCCACCUCGCAACGCAGGCUUCUCUCGGUCGCUGAUCUCAUCACAGUUCGCCUUGCGACGCCGAUGUCCUCUCCACCGCAUGAUCCAAGCUUCUCUGCUUCGCUAAAGCAAACCUCGAUCUCGCCUCGCCGUUGGCUUCCACUUCGCCGAUUGAAUCUCACCUCGUCAUGUCCACCAUGCAAUGCCGUCGUCUUCUCCUUGUCGCGAUGUAAGUCCAUCCACCUCGCCGGACCGAGUCAUCACGAGACACCGCUGGCAUGGACCUUCUUGCUGUGUGGAAUCCUCGUCGCGAAGACCUUGCCAUCAACUAAUGCCACCUAG